AUGGCGGCACAGCAGGGUGAUGUUGACGAACUGUUCGAUGUGAAAAAUGCCUAUUAUAUUGGCAGUUAUCAACAAUGUAUUAACGAGGCUCAAAAGGUUAAGCCUUCAUCCCCUGAGAAGGAGACUGAAAGGGACAUGUUUUUGUACAGAGCAUACAUCGCUCAGAGGAAAUAUGCUGUUGUUAUGGAUGACAUCAAGGCUAACUCUCCCCCUGAGCUUCUGGCUGUAAAGAUGUUUGCAGAAUAUCUGUCCACUGAAAGCAAAAGAGAUGCAAUUGUUGCUGACUUAGACAAAACGAUGGCAAAAAGUGUGGAUGCUGCCAACACCACUUUCCUCCUCAUGGCUGCCUCCAUUUACUACCAUGAGAUGAACACUGAUGCAGCUCUCAGAACUUUACACCAAGGAGAGAGCCUGGAGUGUAUGGCUAUGACCAUUCAGGUGCUUCUGAGUCUGGACCGUGUUGACCUGGCGAGGAAAGAGCUGAAGAAGAUGCAGGAACAGGAUGAGGAUGCCACCCUAACUCAGCUGGCCACAGCCUGGGUUAACAUAGCCGUGGGAGGAGAGAAGCUGCAGGACGCCUACUACAUUUUCCAGGAGAUGUGUGACAAGUACUCCUCUACGCUGCUGCUCCUGAACGGGCAGGCGGCCUGCUACAUGGCUCAGAACAAAAACCCUCAGCAGAGCACGUGCAGCAGCUCCCUCCUCUCUGAGUCUUCACCGGCUAUGCCUGUGCUGGAUUUAUGA